AUGGAGCAGGGGGCGUGGCGUCGAGAGUGGAAGACGGACGAGGAGCGCUACAACGCUGCGUUCCACUGGGAGAUUGCUAGCCGCCCCAUCACCAUUCGGCAGAGCCGAGUCACGUCGCCCGGCACGGUGGGGGGCACGCUGUGGGACAGCAGUCUCGUGUUGGCCAAGUACCUGGAGCGCCAGUACCACCCCGACGGGCUGGCCGGCCGUCGCAUCAUCGAGCUCGGCAGCGGCUGCGGCCUGGUCGGCAUCGCCGCUGUGCUGAUGGGCGCCGAGGUGGUGAUGACGGACGUCUACGCGCUUGACCAGCUGCAGCAGAACAUCGACGACAACGUGCCCGCAGAGCUGCGCCAACGCGCCGCGGUCGCCCACUACAGCUGGGGGACCGAGCCGUCGACUAUGGGCGAAGCUGGCCAGGGCCGGUGGGACAUGAUCCUGGGCAGCGACGUCGUCUACGACUAUCGGUUCAUGCGCCCGCUGAUCAAAACGCUGCACCUGCUCGCUGCCGCCGACACGCAGAUCGUGCUGGCCAUCAAGCGACACGACCACGAGAGCAGGCAGGUGUUCGCACGCACGCUCCAGGAGUUCUCCUUUGUCGCGCGCAAGGUGCGGGAGGAGGACCUGGACGCCACCUACCGCGACGAGGAGAUCAUGGUGGUGAACAUCAGCAGGCACCAGGCGCCGACCGAUGAUGGCGAAGGAGGGGAGACGCAGAACAGCGCCACGGCCGAUGACGACGCGCUGACCGAUGGCGAUGACGACGACAUCGACACGUUAUGGUAG